UUUGCCCCUAACAUUAUUAGCAGGAAAAUCAAAGAAGAGCCCAAAGAGGACCUUUCCGUCACAAAAGAGAAGAAAGACCGGGAUCGAGAUCGGCAGAGGGAAAGCCAUGGACGAGGCAGAGGGAGGCCAGAAGUUAUUCAGUCUCACUCCAUCUUUGAGCAAGGCCCAGCAGAAAUGAUGAGGAAGAAAGGUACCUGGGAUAAGUCAGUGGAUAUGUCUGAUUUUGGCCCAUCCCACAUCAUCAACAUCAAGAAAGAGAAGAGGGAGACAGAUGAAGAGACUAAGAAGAUUUUGCGCAUGUUGGAGAAAGAUGAUUUCCUGGAUGACCCAGGCUUGAAAAAUGACAUUCGAAACAAGCCAGUUCAGCUGCCCCUGGCACAUUCUGGUUGGCUUUUCAAGGAAGAAGGGGAUGAUCAAGAGGAGAGCAAGCUAUUGAACGCCGGCCAUAAAGAGGAGGAGGAGCUGGAAACAGAUGUAUCUUCGGUGAAAGUGAAAGAAGAACCCCAUGAUGAAGAGGAGACGCCACGUGCCCAGGCUCCAGCGCCCACAAAAACCCCUCCUCCCUUCCCUCACGAUGUCUCUCUUGCGGAACUGCUGCCCAGGUUGAGCCUCUCCAAGGAGGAAGAUUUGCUGUUCCUGCAGCUGCCAGACACGCUCCCGGGACAGCCGCCCACACAGGACACUAAGCCGCUGAAAACAGAAGUGCAGAACGAGGAUGGGCAGAUGAUGGUGAUAAAACAGGAGAAGACCCAGGAGGCCAAGGAAGCAGAGAAUACCUGCACCCUGGGGAACCUCUCAGAAGGGCAGGUGGGGAAGUUGCUGAUCCGCAAAUCGGGGAAAGUGCAACUUGUUCUUGGCCAAGUGACUCUUGAUGUAACCACGGGAACACCCUGCUCCUUCCUUCAGGAGCUGGUCUCGGUCAGCAUCGGGGACAAUCGGAGUGGCGAGAUGAUCGUCUUGGGCCACGUGAAGCACAAGCUGGUUUGCGCUCCAGAUUUUGAGAGCUUGCUGGCCUACAAGCAUCGAUAGAACUGCUGCUGUAAAAGCUCUUUGCCGGAGUAGCUAGUUGUCCUGCCUGACAACAAUGAUUUGGACUCUCCAAAAGUGCCCGUUCCUAAGUUGACGAAGACAGAAGCGUUUCUAGGAAGACUCUGCUAGACGAGAUUGGCAACGUUUGCGGGAACGAGACUGACCCAACAUCUUCCGUUGUUGGAGAUUAUCUGGCGCUCUAGAAUCCCUGAAGUUAGGGCAAAGGGUCCCGAGGACUUGCUGCGUCCUUCCUCCCAGUUCCAUACAGGAUGUGACCUGCAGCCUGGUAAUGACUUUCAUAACUUAAUUGCGCACACUACACCUGGUGAUAUUAUCCCAAAGAGAGAUUGGAAAGAUGUGAGCCCUGGAGCCAAGAUGGCCUGUUUGGCAGCUGUUUCCUGCAGGUGCUAGAGAAGAUGUCACCGUUCCAAACAUCUGUAGGAGAUUGUACCAUGAUGCCGUUUCUCUUUCGCCUUCCGGAUCUUAACCUACCACACACACUGCAGUAGGAGAAAAGGUGUGAGGGGUUUGGGAAGACACAUUAGACCGUCUCUUUGGCAGUGAGAUACCCCGUACGCCUCUGUUGCCCAGAACAUCGACAGGCUUCUUUUAUAAAUGUAGAUGGGAAAGAGAAACACCUCGCGCUUUUAAUCAGGCUUUCAUUCUCUCUACUUGAAGCGACCAAGCAUCGCUGUACUUGUUGUCCUCAGUGAAAGAUUCCUGCAGUGGUAGGAAUGAUGAGAAGUGCUGGAUGGUAGUUCCUCUGUCUCUCAACAAGGGAUCAGUUUUGUCAUCAGAAAAGCUUAUUCUGAUCAUUAUAGCCAAAAUCAUUCUACCCACACUUCUGUCUGACUGU